CCGGCAGCGAGGGGGGAGGGGAGGGGAGGGGAGAGGAGGGAGAGAACCAAGGGCUCGGUCAGGGCCGAACCCCUCCAUCCUCCAUCCAGUCGGGAGGCACCUCCCCCUCUCCAGCUCAUCAAGCCCCUCCUCCCGUCUCCUCCCUCCUCCCCUCUAGAUUAACAACUUCAGUUCCAGCCGCGGCCACGGGCAGCCGCGGAGGGCGGGGACUGUGGGUGUAAACCAGUGACUCGGCUGGGGCCUAAGGAAGUGGCUUCUCUCCUGGUGGACGGGCCGGAGCUCCCGCACCGCCGCGGCUCCUCCGAUCGCUCCCCCGCGGCCCCGGAUCGCGGGGCCGCGCGCGGUCCUCGCUGAACCGAAGAGACCGGCCCGAUCGCCCGCGGCGGACGCCCUCGAGCAGGUCCGAAUCCGGGGAAAGGGGGCUCGGGGACUGUGAAGGGCCGGGAGUGGGGGGGCAAACGCCGCAGACCCGCCUCAGCCAACGCAGCCGCCGCGGCCGCUCCCGCAGCCGGAGCAAAGCCUUUGAAACUUUGAUACACCUCGGCUGCGACCCCCUCCCCCACCCGCCCCAUCCCCCAACGCCAGCUCACGACCGAGGACGCCCCACCCCCGCGGCGCCAUUGCACCCUGGGAGAGUCGGGAUCGGACAAUGCUUGCUUCCUCCGGCCCUUUUGUGGUCCAGGCCUCUCCUCCGCGCGCCUUCCCUCUGCUCCCGGUGUCCUAGCGGCUGCCAUUGCGGAGACCCCAAAGACAAUACAGAAGAUGAAGCUCACGGCAGCAAACGGCCUCGGCGGGGAGGAAAGCCCGGAGAGGGCUGAAUCCGAAAACGAAGAACCGAAUCCAAACGCGGGGCUGGACCUGCCAUUUAUGAUGUUGCCCCACCCCCUACUUCCCGUUAGCCUGCCUCCUGCAUCAGUUGCCAUGGUGAUGCAUCAGAUGAACCACUUCAAUACUAUUUCCAACAUGGCCGCUGCAGCUCAGAGGCAGAGUCCGCUUGCCAGAGCAGGGGCUUCCGUCAUCAAAGAAACCGACAGCUCCCCUCCCGCUGCGUCCCCGGAAGAGAGCGGUGGGCCCGAGGGCGUGGAUGCCUCCAGCUGCUCCCCUUCCCAGCUGGAGGACGCACCCAAGGUGAUGGCUGUGAUGCCCGAGGAUGGAGAAAAAGAGCUUCCUGAUCAGGGAAAUGGAUCGAAUCCAAAGAAACUCCAGAAAGAAAACGUCCUCUCCCUGAGUCAGGAGCUUUUUAUCCAGCACAAGGUGCUGUGGGGAACGAAAAGGAGCAUAAGACAGGGAACCUGCCCUCAAGAUGCUUACAGUCAAGUUUGGGAAGCGAGACAGACGGGAGAGAUGCAGAUCGCCAUUCCGGUGAUGAAAUCCAACCUAGAUAAAGGUCAACUGGCUGGCCAACUCGUGGCUCCCGGAUUCACCACCCCGUUUAUUUUUGCCGAUAGCCUUUCCUCCGUGGAAACGCUUCUAACCAAUAUUCAGUUCCUGCUGAAAGUGGCCCUGGACAGUGCCCGUGUCCAGGAGAGGCAAAUGCAAGAAGAAAAGAAGGAGCUGAGGAUGGAGCUUUACAGAGAGAGGGAGAUGAGGGAGACCCUGGAAAGGCAGCUUGCCGUGGAGCUGCAAAGCCGGGCCACUGUCCAGAGGCGCCUGAAGAAAGAGAAGAAGGCCAAGAGGAAGCUCCAGGAAGUCCUGGAAUUUGAAUCCAAACGCAGAGAGCAAAUGGAGCAGGCCCUGAGACAGGCCACCGGGGGUGACAGUGUGCUCAGCAUCCUCAGAGGUUUUGGAUUCUCAGAAAGAGAUCUUGAAGGCAUUGGGACUGAGUCUGACAGUGCAGAAAUGCAAGAGAACAUCAACCCCACCACCAUGUACUGAAGGAACUUUCUAUUAAAAAAAUAUAUAUCUAUCUAUGUAUGUACCAUCAUCCAUUAUCUGAAGACUCAUGUAUAUUUCAUUAAAGAAUACCCUACCAACCUUCCCAUGCUCUCCAGUGCUGUGUGAAGAAUGAAAGUUGCAGCAUGAACCGGGAAGAACCAUUUGUUAUGUUUGAAUCCACAGCAGCAUUGUGAAGAACGGUGGAAAGGUUUUCUAAGCUCUCCAUGCUAAGCUAAGCCUGUUGCAGUUGAGUUGAUCAUUUGUAGGUCCCUCCUCCCAGAGAAGUUUUAGAAUUUUCAAGCACAUGCAAGAAUGAUUCCCUCUGAGAGAACUAACUUUUCCCCCACCCCCCUCCCACCCUUUAAAGAGGCAGUAGUUUUGUUGAACAGUGGCACAAAUAUAUUAAUCGGCCUGAAACGUCCCCACUGGCUUUACCUAAGUGCAGAUCCUGAGUCCGCUUUUGCACCAAGACCAAUCACCGUGGAGCUGUUGCAGUUGUGUUCGUACUUUAAGCUUUGUUUACUGAACCAGAUAUUCAAUAAAUAUUACAUUUUGCUGAGAAA